UCAAAAGAUUACAGUUGAGCAGCUGGCAGGAAGUACAAGAACCACACUUUAACCAGAAUUGCCAACGUGCUUGGAAUGCAUAGAACCAGUAAAGCUUUAUUCCAGUGUUGAGUGACACUUCCUGUCUAAGCUUCAUUCCAUCCCAGAGCCAAGCAGCUUGCAUUUGCUGACAGUUGUGUUGAUGAGUAUACAUGUUGGAAAUGGCUCGGAAAUUGGAUAUCUUGAUUGUUGUUUUCUGCAUGGUGGUUUAUUUAAGGCAAGCAUAUGGAGGACGAUAUGUAAUGCUUAAAGAUGACCAAGACCAGGAUGACAAAGAUGAAGAUAUACAAGAGGAAAGGACUUUUUAUGCUCAUGGAUCAAUGCAAAUGACAAGGGAACUUAAUAUUGGAGAUGGCAAGAAAGCAUGGGUUAUUGACAAUGCUAUUUUGCAGGAGGAUUUUUAUCCUUUUGUAGAAAUACUGACGCAAGGUGAUAAAGAUUACACGUUUGUGCAUCAGAACUAUUCAAAAACUGCCAAUCCUGCAUCUUGGAAUUUCGGGUCGGCACCUUGGCUAAAAGAACUUGACAUCAGUUUCUUUAAUUCAACCAAAACUUGGCACAGAGUCCUACCAAUGGUUGAAAAGCUUUUGAAAAAGCCUGUUAAGCUUCAGGCGGGUACUAUUGAAUAUCUUCGAUCAUUAGAUGCAGUACCACCUCAACAACAUUCGCUGUGUGGCAAAGAUAGAUAUAUUCUCACAUUCUUUCUGCAAGAUUCCUGGAAAUUAAACAGCUAUGGACAGCUUUCCUUCUACGCCAUGAGUAGGAAUCCAAACAUGAGCAAUGAAUCUCGACUUGAAGUCACUGAAACUGUUCAUCCUCAUGGUUUUCGAGCCACCUUGUGGCCAGCGUGUCACACAGUUUUGUUCCGAGCACCGAGCGUUAACUUUUUCCAACAUAUGAUGCAGCUGCAUGUUGUUAUGACAACUGAUCUCGAAAACAAUGAUGAGAUUUCUACUCCAGCAUCUGGGGCAAGAACAAUGGGAAAAGUAAAAGAAGACUUUGGUUCAUUCCGAUUUAGUAAUAAAGACAAUGAGCGUGUGAUUGAUUAUGACAAAUGUCACAAGAAGAGUUACUACGACAAAAGUAAAAACAGGCCAAUACAUGUGUAUGAUGGAUUGUUCACCACUGAGGAAUUGCAUGAAUGGAAAGCUCAUAUCAUCGCAUGUAAUGCUAAGUUAAACCCGUUUGAUCCAGCACCUGAAGAAGGGCAUGAUAAUAUUCAAUGGAUGGAACCAUUAAAUGUGGACAAUUUUCAAGAAACUGACAUGUGGAAGCGAAUGUUAGGCUUUUUAGAACAUGUUACAAAUGAGACGGAAUGGUUUCCCUAUGAUGUAGCACUGAAUUAUGUUCGCAGUGGUGACCAUUCAAGAAUUCAUCCAGAUUCAGAAAGACAUCAGGAAGAGCUGACCCUGCUGCUAUAUCUAACUGAAGAUUUCAAUCCAAAUGAUUACGCUGAAACAACGUGGGUUGAUAUUAAGAAAGAUGAUGGUGUGCUUGGUUAUAUUGGACCUGGUGGUGAAGUUUACGAAACAAUUGCUGCUGUUGCUCCAAAGUUUGGUCGUGUGGCUUUAUUUAGGGGCAACAUUGACCAUGCUGCUCAUCCACCAAGUACUUUGUACUUUGGUUGCAGAUAUGCAAAUGUUAUUAAAAUGACAAAGAACAGACGACUAGCUUUCAUUAAACGAGUAUACGAAAAAAUGGAGGGAGCAGAUUUGACUCCACAAAUGCAAAAAUUGAGCAUGCAGUUACGACUAGGAAUGCAUGAUGAUCCAUUAAAAUCAAAAAUGACUCUUGGAAACCUUGAGAAACUUUUCAGUAAAUAUUCCUUGGAAGUAAGCAAUAAAGAAAAAUCUUAUUUUACUGAAUUGUUGCAACAAUCACACCAGAUGAUGUGAAAAACGGUUUCAUGUGGAUAUAUAGAUUGUUAAAGGAAUUGUGCAAUAGUUUUGAACAGUGCAUUAUGUGUUGCAGAACAACAAUAAAAAUCAUAAAAUACAUAAAAGUACUUUUAAAAGUAAA